AUGAGUAAUCCCUUCAAAAAGCUUUUAUCCUUGGCUUCAAAGGACCCGGCAAAGGCCAAUCCCAAUGGCACACUUGCUCAGAAAUCAUCGGGCAGAGCGGUGAGCUCUUGGAACCAGUCUUCUACGAACAGCGGCAGGCCUCCCAGCACCAGUAUGGGCAAUACACAGCAGACUGGAGCAGCCGACAGAGCACAAGAUCCUCCCCCGGCAUACACGCCCACAGCACCAGCAGCCCCUCCUGCCCCAGCUGCGACAGCAAACUCGAAUAAAUUUCAGGCCCAUCCCAUCAUCAAGCGCAGGAGCGAGCUGCACACUGACAAUGACCCUUACGCCUUUCUGCGCAAAUUCGACACCGUCUUUUUGAUUGACGAUUCGGGCAGCAUGUGGGGUCGGCGCUGGAGGGAGACUCGCGAUGCGCUGAGUCAGCUGCUGGACGUCGUCCUCGGAUACGACGAUGAUGGCGUUGAUUUCUAUUUCAUCAACCACCAGACCAAAGACCGGGGUAACAGCGACGAGCCCUGGAAGGCGGGCUCGGGCUACCGUAAUGUCACACGCGCCACGGGAACCAGUCGCCCAGGCGAGCAGUUGACGGUCGAGGAGAUAUUCAGCAAUGUCCAACCAUCUGGUGGUACGCUGACGGGUAUGCGCCUGGAAAAGAUCCUCAGCCGCUACCUGAGAAAGUACGAGGAGAUGGUGCGCGAGACUGACGACGAGACCUGUCUCAAGCCACUCAACAUCAUUGUCAUUACCGACGGCGUUGCACAAGAUCAUCCUAAGGAGUACAUCGUGCCCGCAGCACAGAGACUUGAUCGCGUCGGCGCCCCCAUCUACCAAAUUGGAGUCCAGUUUUUCCAGGUGGGAGAUGAUCGCCGGGCCACAGAGUCGCUUCGCGUGCUAGACGACGAGCUUUGCAAGACUCAGGGAUGCCGAGAUAUGGUGGACACGACCACCAGUGGCGGUUCCGAGAUGACUGGCGAGCACCUUCUCAAGGCACUCCAGGGCGGCGUCGACAAGCACUGGGACAAGAAGAGGGCAUGA